AUGUCUGUCCGCCGCCCUUCUCACGCUGGUUCCUGGUACUCGGACGACGGAGCAACACUGCAGGCACAGAUAGACAAGUGGUUGGACCUCGUGCCCAAUGAGCUGGAAGGGGUAGGCAGCCUACCAGUGCCAGGUGCGAGAGUGAUUAUAGCUCCACAUGCAGGAUAUUCGUACUCUGGACCCUGCGCUGCGUUCGCGUACAAGUGUCUCGACCUGACAAAGGCAAAGCGCAUCUUCCUCAUCGGCCCAUCCCAUCACCACCACCUCACGACCAUCGCCCUGCCGGAGCUGACGGGGUAUCGAACCCCUCUCUCCUCGUCACCGCUACCCCUUGACACGAAACUGCUAUCCGAACUUCGCGCCAGCACCGCAUCGUCCGCAAAACGCUUCACGGCCAUGUCUCCGUCCGUCGACGAGGCAGAACACAGCAUGGAGCUCCACCUACCGUACAUCCAUCGCCUGCUGCAGCGUCUAUAUCCCUCAGAGCCUACGUCAGCCUAUCCGCCACUGGUCCCGAUGAUGGUAGGCAGCACCUCUGCCGCGACGGAGCGAGCGUUUGGCUCCAUCCUUAGCCCCUACCUUGCUGACGAGGAGAAUGCGUUUGUCGUCUCGUCUGACUUUUGUCACUGGGGCACGCGGUUUGGAUAUACGUACUACACCACGCAUGCACCCGGUGCGCCGUUUGACAUGCCACUUACGUAUCCUUCGCUGCCUGUCCCGUCAGACAGACUGACGGCAGCAAAGGCAGCGGCGGACGUAGACGCGGUGUCGUCAGGCCAGAUGCUCAGGGAGAAGGACAAGUCGUACCGGGCGGCGGAUGCGUGUGCUAUCCACGAGAGCAUCUCCGCGUGUGACAUUGCGUGCAUGUCCGCGAUAGCCAGUGGCGACACGGACGUGUUUCUGGACGCACUGAAGAGGACGGGGAACACGGUGUGCGGGCGCCAUCCGAUUGGGGUGGUGAUGGCAGGCAUGGAGGGACUACAGCAGGAGCAGGCAGCCGAGAAGGAGGGAGUGCAGAAGGGCAGGUUCUACUUUAUGAGGUACGAGCGGAGUUCCGACUGUUUCUCGGUGCGGGACAGCUCGGUGAGCUACGUCUCUGCCUUUGCUGUCCUAUGA